UUGGAGACAGCCGCGCUACGUGCUACACUGCUCCGCUAUUUUCCCUGACCCUGUGUAGGCUCUCGCGCUCAGUUAAGCAAACACUAGACCCACUGAUCAUCAGACGCUCUUCAACAAAUCAGUGUGCGAUUCUGCGAGAGCGAGUGCACAUCGUAAACGAUUCUUUCUCUGCACUCUAUAUCUCUCCAGGAUGGAUUUACCUUUAGCGGAGACAGCUACCUCGUAUCCCGAGUGAGGGGAGUCUUAUCAAUUGCCAAGUUUCGUCUAUUCCUGGAGUUUUGAGUGGUGAAGCAAGCGUGUUUUCCUCCCUUGAUCCUCACUCGUUUUUCACCACCUUUGCUCGCAUCAGCUGGAGCGAGAGCUGCCGCUUCACGAUGGCAGGAGCGGGAAUAUUUCUGUGCAUUCUGCUGUUACAGUGUUUUAUCUCCACUGGGCUGUGCAACCCCGGAUUCGCCUUCACGGAGGAGCCCUCGGAGAGAGCUGGGAAGUCAGACGGGUAUUGUAGUCGGAUAUUACGGGCUCAGGGCACUCGGAAGGAAGGCUACAACGAGUUUCGGCUCCGAGUCGAGGGGGACCCAGCAAAUUAUCAGCCUGGGAGCACUUACAGAGUGACUCUGUAUGCAUCCAGUCCCGCUUACUUCAGAGGUUUCACCCUCAUCGCUCUGAGGGAGGGCAGGGAAGGAGACAAAGAAGAGGACUAUGCUGGCAAUUUCCAGAUCAUCGAUGAAGAGGACACCCAGUUCAUGAUCAACUGUCCCCCGGCAGUAACAGAGAGUACCCCUCGGAGACGCACCAGGAUCCAGGUGUUCUGGACAGCACCCCCCAGCGCCUCUGGUUGUGUCACCCUCAAGGCCAGCAUUGUCCAGAAGAGGAUCAUCUACUUCCAGGAUGAAGGCUCUCUCACCAAGAGGAUGUGUGAGAAAGAGUCAUUGUAUGGGGAGACCACAGAGAAACCUUUGCUGGAUUGCUGUGCCUGUGGAACAGCCAAGUACAGAGUCACCUUCUACGGCAACUGGUCAGAGAAGGUGCACCCCAAAGACUACCCUCGGCGUGCUAACCACUGGUCGGCCAUCAUCGGAGCGUCCCACUCUAAGAACUAUGUGCUGUGGGAGUAUGGUGGCUACGCCAGCGAGGGCAUCAAGAAGGUGGCCGAGCUGGGAUCACCUGUCUCCAUGGAGGAAGAGAUCAGGCGAAAGGGUGAUGACGUCCUGACAGUCAUCAAAAUGAAGGCGCAGUGGCCUGCCUGGCAACCCUUGAAUGUUCGUGCUGCCCCGUCGGCUGAGUUCUCAGUGGACCGUACCCGUCACCUGAUGUCCUUCCUCACCAUGCUGGGGCCCAGCCCUGACUGGAACGUGGGGCUGUCUGCAGAGGACCUCUGCACCAAGGAGUGUGGUUGGGCCCAGAGGGUUGUCCAGGAUAUGAUCCCCUGGGAUGCAGGCACCGACAAUGGGGUCACCUAUGAGUCUCCCAACAAGCCCACAGUCCCUCAGGAGAAGAUCCGCCCCCUGACUAGCCUGGACCACCCUCAGAGCCCCUUCUACGACCCUGAGGGGGGCGCCAUCACCCCCGUGGCCAGGGUAGUAGUGGAGCGCAUCGCCCGAAAGGGAGAGCAGUGCAACAUCGUGCCUGAUAACGUGGACGACAUUGUGGCUGAUAUCGCCCAGGAGGAGAAAGAGGAAGACGACACUCCAGAGACGUGUAUCUACUCCAACUGGUCUCCGUGGUCAGCCUGCAGCUCAGCCACCUGUGACAAGGGCAAGAGGAUGAGACAGAGGAUGCUGAAGGCCCAGCUGGACCUCAGUGUACCCUGUCCUCACACCCAGGACUUUGAGCCCUGCAUGGGGCCAGGCUGCAGCGACGAGGAAGGGUCCACCUGCACAAUGUCAGAGUGGAUCACCUGGUCUCCGUGCAGCAUGUCAUGUGGGAUGGGCCUGCGGUCCCGGGAACGCUACGUCAAGCAGUUCCCUGACGAUGGCUCUGUGUGUACCUUGCCUACUGAGGAGAACGAGAAGUGUAUUGUGAACGAGGAAUGCACCCCCAACAGUUGUCUGGUGACAGAGUGGGGUGAGUGGGACUCCUGCAGUGCCACCUGUGGGCUGGGCAUGAAGAGGAGGGAACGCAUGGUGAAGAUGCCUCCACCAGACGGCUCCAUCUGUGGGGCUGAGGUGCUGGAGGUGGAGAAGUGCAUGAUGCCAGAGUGUCACACCAUCCCCUGUAUGCUGUCUCCGUGGUCUGACUGGAGUGACUGCAGUGUGACGUGUGGGAAGGGCAUGCGGACGAGGCAGCGCGUGCUCAAGUCUCCUGUGGAGCUGGGAGAGUGUACAGAGGACCUGGAGCAGGUGGAGAAGUGUAUGCUGCCAGAGUGUCCGACAGACUGUAUGGUGUCAGAGUGGACGGAGUGGUCUGAGUGUAACAAAUCCUGUGGUAAAGGUCACAUGAUCAGGACACGCAUGGUAAAGCUGGAGCCUCAGUUCGGAGGGGACUCGUGUCCCGAGACAGUACAGAGGAAGAAGUGUAAGAUCAGGAAGUGUAACCGCGGCGGUGGCCAGGGACAGGUCAACAGCGACGAGAAGAAACGACGCAAGGAGGCGAGGGAGAAGAGGAGGAGCAAACAGGGGGGUCGACAGGGGGAGGAGACCACGUCGACCGCUGAACACCCAGGCUGUAAGAUGAGGCCAUGGUCCAGCUGGACGGACUGUACCAAGCUGUGUGGCGGGGGGAUUCAGGAGCGGCUCAUGACAGCCAAGAGGAGGCUUAAGAGCGCCCAGCUCCCCAGCUGCAAGGACAGGAAGGAGAUCCGAGCGUGUAACGUGCACCCCUGCUAGAUGGACCAAGUUGGGCGGGACGGGAUGGGAUGGGUACGGAGUGGGUGGAGGUUGCCCAUAAACACUGGUGUGAGCUCAGUUGUUUUCCCCUCUGACAGUUCAGGUUAGGUUUGGGGAUUGUAAGCUGAUCCUAGAUCUGUGCCUAUGGGCAACUUGGUUAUGAGACGGAGCGUGAGGUGGCAUAGUGUCACUCAAUGAUCCAAUGCACUCUGUUUAGGACUGGCACGGACCUUAAUCUCUCUUGGUUUAAUCCAGGGCUGAGUCUGAAGAUUCUAGAUUGGGGAAGGUACACUGGUUCUGUAUACACCUCUAGUCAGAGUUUGGAAAGAGUUUAGCAAAUUCUGAAAUGACCCAUCCUUCAAGGUCAAAGGUCAUGUGUUAUUUUACAAGAAGGAAGGAAUUCCCUUGGUCUCUUCUCGAGUCUAAAACAAACAGCCAUUUCGAGAGAGAAUCUAGGCUUCCCAAAAUAAUGCCUAGCCUCUGAUGAACCUGACUGAUUUUCCUCUGUUCGUAAAUUAACUAGCUCUGUUACAUAUAGGAUUCUUCUGCAAGAUUACUGUAAACUUGUUGUGGUAUAAUAUUCUUGAAUAAUGAUAAUGUUGAAAACACCAAUUGAUGUAAUAGGAGAUAGUACUGUUAGGCUAUAUCCUGUAGUAUCCUCUUUGGUAGUGUAUAUUAUCCCAGAACUUAAAGCACAGUUACCCAGCCAUUCCAGCAUUUUAUAAUCCUUCAGAAAAAAAACAUGUUUCUAGGAUCAAGAAAUCUCCUGUAUGACUUUUUACUCAGCUGUACUGCUGUUCAUGUAGACACACUGCAAGAGAAAUCUCUAUGAUUUUGUGCAUUGUUAUUAUAAGAUCUUUUUUUUUUUUUUGCUGUGGAUUUUUUGAUAAGAAUAUCACCCAAGAGUCUUACCAAAGUCUUGUGUAGAUGUUUUUUACCUGUCUUUACUUCUCUUUUUUCUCUGCUCCUCUAACAUAUUAAUAUUUUGGAAUAUAUCACCUUUACAAUAAAAGUAAA